AUGGAUGAGGGAGAUAGAAGAGAGAACCUGAUAAGAAUUGAAAAGGAUGUUGUCCAAGGGAAGGGAAAAGCAAUUGCUGUUGAUAAGCCUCCAAGAUGGAUCCGGCCACCUCCAGGUUUUGUGAAGCUCAAUGUGGAUGGAGCAUGGAAGAGCUCUUCAGAGGCAGCAGGAAGGGGAGUCAUUAGAACCCCUUCGGGGGAUGCUGAGCUCUAUGCUAUAAGAGAAGGUCUGGAGAUGGAAAAAGAAUUCAAGAUAAAGUUCAUGGAAGUCGAAACUGAUGCAGAAGUGUUAACUCGCAUGCUAUUCUCUGCCACAACUAAUCCUCAUCAUGAAGCCGCAGCUGUUCUGCUAGAUGUUGCUCAUUUGCUUUGCCUGAAGAGCUGGACAGUUUACGUAGUCCAUAUCCCUAGGGAAAGGAACAAGGUGGCUCACAAGCUGGCACAGUAUGCCAUGAACAUGACCCUGGGAUGGUACCCUGUUAGAAAUUGA